GAAAAAAAAGAAAAAUAAAAGUAAUCAAUGAAAAAGAAUGAAUAUUAAUAUUGGUUAAUUGUUUCCUAAACAAAUGCAGAAUAUACCAAAUUUUGAAUUGAAGAAGGGAUCAUUUAAACACAAACAAUUCCCUGUUCCCUUCUACAUAUCAGAAGGCAGAUAAUAGAGCCCACUACAUUAUAGGUGCAAAGUUAUUUUCCAACUUAAUAUAAACAGUGUGUGGGUGUGGUAUUUAUGUCCCCUAUUUCAUAGUUUUUUGUUAAAUUUCAAUAUUUCUAUUCACUUGAUUUGGUAUAAUAUGGAAUUUAACAUCAAAAUUGAAGAAAAAAUUAUUGAACAUGACCAAAGAUAUAUACAUCCACAGCUAUCCACAUCAACUGAUUUUGUAGACUUGAAUAAUGAACCAGAAGGAAAUAAGUCAGCAAUGGAACUACAACUCAAAAUUAAGGAAGAAUUUGUUGAAGGUAGCCACAGUUAUAUAGAGAGUCAGCUAUUUACAUCUUUAGAUCAUAAAGAGAUGACUAAUGAACCAGAAGAAGGUAGCUCAGCUGUGAAAGUAAAAGUUGAAACUAAGGAAGAGUUUGCUGAAGAUGACCAAGAAUGUAAAGAAACUCAGCUGAUUACAUCCCUAGAUCUCAAAGAUCUGAAUAAUGAACAAUGUGAAGAUAACUUAAACUUAGGUCUUCAUUACAAGAAGAACCAAAUGGAAAUAAUGAAACUUUUACCUGAAGAUUCAUUUAGCAUAAACCAGAAAAGUCUGAACUCCGAAGAAGUGACAAUAAAUAAUUAUAUUUGUUCUAAAGAUUUUAAUUACAAAAAUAAUUUAAACGAACGUAUGAACAUCGAAACUGGAGAAGGAUGGGAGAUGAACAAAUGUGAAAUUUGUUUUAAGCAGUUUACUACAACAGGUUAUUUGAAAGCGCAUUUGAGAAUACAUACUGGAGACAAGCGUCACAAGUGUGAAAUAUGUUUGAAGCAGUUUUUUCGAGCAGAUGUUUUGAAAAAUCAUUUGAGAGUGCACACUGGGGAAACCCCUUACAAGUGUGAAAUUUGUUUCAAGCGAUUUAAUCAAAAAAGUACUUUGAAAACUCAUUUGAGGGUACACUCUGGAGAAAAACCUCACGAGUGUCAAAUUUGUUUUAAGCUGUUUACUACAACAGGUUAUUUGAAUGCUCAUUUGAGAAUACAUACUGGAGACAAACGUCACAAGUGUGAAAUUUGUUUUAAACAGUUUUCUCAACAAAAUAAUUUGAAACGACAUAUGAGAGUGCACACUGGGGAAAAACCUUACCAGUGUGAAAUCUGUUUAAAGCAAUUUACUGAAGCUUGGAGUUUGAAAGAACACUUGAGGCUGCACACUGAAGAAACGCCUUACAAGUGUGAAAUUUGUUUGAAGCAGUUUUCUCAGAACAGUAGUUUGAAAACUCAUUUGAGAAUACAUACUGAAGAAGCUUAUGAGUGUGAAAUUUGUUUUAAGCAGUUUAGUAGCUCUAGCAGUUUGAAACAGCAUUUGAGCGUGCAUACUGGAGAAAAGCAUCACAAGUGUGAAAUUUGUUUUAGGCAGUUUUCUCAGCAAAAUAAUUUAAAACGACAUAUGAGAGUGCACACUAGGGAAAAACCUUACCAGUGUGAAAUUUGUUUUAAGCAGUUUACUGAAGCUUGGAGUUUGAAAGAACAUUGGAGGCUGCACACUGGGGAAAGGCCUUAUAAGUGUGAAAUUUGUUUUAAAUCAUUCACUCGAGCAUCCGAAUUAAAAAAUCAUAUGAGAGUGCACACCGGAGAAAAGUACACAUGUGAAAUUUGUUUAGAGCAGUUUAGUGCCUCAAGCAGUUUGAAAGAGCAUUCGAACGUGCAUACUGGAGAAAAACUUCACAAGUGUGAAAUUUGUUUUGAGAAAUUUUCUCAGAAACCUAAUUUAAAACGACAUAUGAGAGUGCACACUGGGGAAAAGCAUCACAAGUGUGAGAUUUGUUUUAAGCCGUUUUCUCAGCAAAGUAAUUUAAAACGACAUAUGAGACUGCACACUGGGGAAAAACCUUACCAGUGUGAAAUUUGUUUCAAAUCAUAUACUGAAGCAUCCGUAUUAAAAAUUCAUUUGAGAGUGCACACUAGAGAAACGCCUUACAAAUGUGAAAUUUGUCUUAAGCAGUUUGCUAAGAAAGCUGGUUUGAAUUAUCACAUGAACAUUCAUACGGGACAAAAACCUUACAAGUGUGAAAUUUGUUUUAAACAGUUUUCUCAGCAAAAUAAUUUGAAACGACAUAUGAGAGUGCAUACUGGGGAAAAACCUUACCAGUGUGAAAUUUGUUUCAAAUCGUAUACUCAAGCAUCUGUUUUGAAAACUCAUUGGAGAGUGCACACUGCAGAAACGCCUUAAGGUACCUACGUAUACAUAUGCGCGCAGCAUGUUUGUUAUGGUUCCUCUACAUAAUCGGCGAUUGCGAUUACAAUCGUGCUGGCGCUUGAUUGUGUAGAGGGCAUACUCGGCCCAUGAUCGUCCAUGACUGUAGACGACCCGUGAUUUUGCGGUUUUUUGGAGGCGCUUCAAAGGGAAUCGUCGAGUAAUAAAUAAUAAGUUAAUGGGUAAUAAGUAAUAAGUUGUUUUAGUUGCGUUGACAUUCCCACACGAUUGCUGAUCAUUCAUUUCCCGUCCAAAAAGAUUGUGCUUGGGUUAAAAAAGGUGUUAUCUUCUAGUUAGUCAUACUAAAAAGUUUCUGCAAGCUUCUACAACUAUCCCCAGUAUUCAAAAACCUCAAUGUGAUGGCAAGUCGUAUGUUAACUAGUAUGGACUUUAUGAACAUUUGUUAUGGGAUAAUAAAUGUUGCGGUUCUCAAAAAUAUGAAAAAGGAAAUCAUGAAUACGAUUAAGAUAAAAAAGUUACAGUAUCUCGGCCACGUUAUGAGAGCAGUUAUGUGAUGCUACAAACCAUAAUGCAGGGAAAACGAAGUAUUGGAAGAAGACGCAUCUGCUGGCUCAACAAUCUGAGAAAGUGAUAUAAUUGCAGUUCCGUCGACUUAACUUCCGUUCACUUUUCUAAAGUGAAAAGAACUGUGGUGAUUACAAACCUCCUUAGAGACGGUACCUAAAGAAGAAGGACUUUAUGAAAGUAGUGUCUUAUUUUGCUACUAAUGGGAAUAUUUUUCGUAUCAAAUAAUUGAAAUCACUCGGUGACAUACGUAUAAAGUUUUAGAAUUCUCCAGAAGGUCCAGCCCAUAAUCCAGCAAACAGAUUCUCCAUAAUUUCUAUGGAAAAAAAGUAUAUCUAAAUGCAAAGCGAUGAAUGGCAAAUAGAUGUUUAUCGAAUUGCGAAGGUUGAUGCAUCCAAACUCAUUUGAUUGAUCUCGAACAAGCCUGACUUAAAGGUAGUUGUAUAAUAUUUGUGGCUACUUUGUUCUAUUACGAUAAAUAGUUCUUAUAGAUCUUCUUUUCCUCCAUUUUUUUUCACAACUUUUCGUUGGGCCACAUUGACAUAGUCUGAUAGAUAGAUAGCCACUGAUCAUAGACACUCAUAUGAUCAGCCAUCAUCGAGGAUAGUGAAGAGCAGGCAUUAGAUUAGUACGUGUUUUCAUCACGAUCCAAUUUUUUUCGGUUUUUCAACGAAUCCUUUGAUAGUUCGCAAUACGUAUUUGAACGGGUUUGCGAAAGGUUUGUUGGUUUUGGCGCGCUUAAGUUGAAUAUUAUUUCUUAGUAAUGGAGUGGUCGAAAGGAAAUAUAUGUUAUCAAACUUAUUGAUGGUUAACGUGAGAAAUCCUUAAUGUGGGAUCUUCAAAAUAAGGACUAUUUUAAAUAACAACUUAAAACCGAUGUCUGAAUGGUUAUAGUUAAAGACCACAUGCAAUUAUUACAGUGAAGUUACCAUAGUGAUCUCAUAGUAAAUAACCAGAUCCACGGAAAAGUAAAAAAAAAGGUUUUUUUUUUAAACAAAAGACAAAUGUAAAUGUUAUUGAUUGUUAUGUGGAUGCCGAUUGGGCAGGUGAGCAUUUAGAUAGAAAAUCUACAACUGAUUAUGUAAGGUUUGUUCCAACACGACCGAGAACCGUCACGAAACGGUAACGAUCCUGCGCAGUAAACAAAAUCCGUUCCAACAAAAAUAUGAUCGUCAUCGGAUCGUCCUUCCCACUGUUCCAACAAGAAUUGUGAUCCUUCAGUGACGGUUUCAUGAUGAUCAUUUCAGUAAUCGGGCAAAUGCAUGUGCUGGUUGGACUGACUUGCAAAUUUUGAGCCUUUUUUCAAAUCGAAAGCUGUCAUCAACAAAAAUGAUGAUAGAUAAAUCAGUUAACAGUCAGAUAACCGUUCCAACAUCGGUUUCCAAAUUACCACUGGGCGAUACAAUUACGAACAUGCGCACAACAAACGGUACAAGUAGUUUCGUGACGGUUUCUGGACCGUCCAAAAGUUCAUGUUGGAACAAACCUGUAAUAAGGUUAUUUGGUAAUGUAAUUUAUUGGAAAUCAAGAAAGCAAAAGAGUGUAACAAAAUCCCAAUAGCACACGACGUACUCUGGACGUCCAACAUAGGUCCAUUUUUUGUCCUAACGUCCAUGGACUAUAAACGGACGUCCUUCGAGUGGAAUAAAUAUGAACGUUCCGAUGUGGACGAUAUUGGAAAUAAUUCAAUAAAAUAUUAACUUAAUUAUGUUAAUAAAAUAGUUUAAAUCGAAAACAUUCAAUCAUAUUUAAUUCAAAAUUGUAUAGUUUAAUAUCCAAAACAUGUUUUUGUUUUUAUGUAAAGUGUGAAAAUCUUAUUUGUAAAUUAUUUAUUACAAUGUUGUUUUAUUAUUCUAGCUACCAAGAUGAUAUAAGUUUGCUAAUUUAUAAUUAUAAUAAGCAAAAAUAUAAUUUUUUCAAUGUAUCCUUAGUGCAGACUAAUUUUGAACGCAUAUUUUUGAAGUUGAACAUACCUGCCCAAAAUAGGUCCAAUUUUAGUCCUAAUGCCGAUGGACUAUUAAUGGAUGUCUUUCGGACGUUCGACGUUGGACGUACUUCGGGUUGGCAUAAAUAUGAACGUCCUUUGGACGUCCGUGCUCGGCCGUCCAUCAUACUGGACGGACGUUAUCUGGACGUCCAUUAGUGGACAUAUUAAACUAAUUUACGGGAUGAACUAUUAGCAAAUAUUUCAAUAAAAUAUUAUUAACUUAUUUACGUUAAUAAAAUAAUUCAAAUCGAAAAGGUUAAAUCGUAUGGGUAAUUGAAACUUGUAUAGUUUAAUAUCGAAAACAUGUUUUUGUUUUUAUGUAAAGUGUGAAAAUCUUAUUUGCAGCUUAUUCGGUACAAUGUUUUAUUAUUCUAGUUACCAAGAUGAUAUAAGUUUGCUAAUUAAUAAUUCUAAUAAGCAAAAAUAUAAUUUCUUCAAUGUAUCCGUACUACAGACGGAUUUUGAACGCAUAUUUUUGAAGUUGAACAUACGUGCCCAAAAUAGGUUUAGUUUUAGUGCUCAUGUCUGUGGACUAUAUAUGGAUGUCCUUCGGACGCCCGACGUUGGCCGUACUUUGGGUGGAAUAAAUAUGAACGUCCGUACUGGACGAAAUACGGACGUUUUCUGGACGUCCCAAAAUCGCCCCUACUACUUGAUUUCUCUGUUCACAAAACUAUAACGAUAGGUGGUAGAUUUUCGAUUCACCGACCGAUAUCAGUUCGAAGUUGGAGAGUUGAUCUCUCAGUCGUUGUCAUCGUUAGGGCUCCCGCCUAGAGUUUUAUUCGUCAACCACUUACAGUGGGCGAUCAUAUUGUUAGAGCCACCUCAGAAAAUUUUACUUUUGUUUAAUAAUGGUAUGUAAGUUUUUUCUUUAUACGGUCCACGUUGCCUUUCAAACUUUAGAAAUGGAUGCUAUGUUUCUGUUGGAGUGAUUAGUAUUGAAUAUUACAGUUUUUAUUUCUUCUAUUUUUCUUGGUGAGAUGUCUUUGGAUUGCCCAUGAUAUUCCGGUACCACUAGUGCAACGAACGCGCAGUUUUUAAUAAAUUCACAAAAUAUAGUAUAGGACUGUCAGAAUAUCACUAGAGAGCAGUGGAAACUCACAAAGUUUAUUAGAACUCUAAACACCAAGAAUACAAAAUAAUAGGCACACGAGUUGCAAGCUAGGCUGGGCAGCACUGACAAACAAUGGCAUCUGAGUCACGCAUUGCCACACAUGCGUAUUGCCACUAUUGUCAGACUAUUUAUUGCACUGUCAUAAAGUGUAACAAGACAGCCAAAUGGAAACAAAUGCAUUAAUACAUGAUACAGCUCAAUUAUAUACCCUUCCUCUAAAACAUUGAAUUUUACUAGGUGGCUCUAAUAAUAUGAUCACUAGAGAGCGGAAUAUAUGCAAAGUGCAUAUAGAUGCAUAUAUUGCAUAUUUUCAGACAACAAACACAACAUUGCAUAUUUAAGCUAAACACGAUUUAUUUUGCAUAUUUUAAAAAUAAAUUAUAUAAAAGUUUAAAAUUUUCCUCUCUUAGUUGGAAUUUUAUAACUUCUAUAUGAACGAGCUCGUUAUUUAUCUAUCUAUCGCUCAUUAUUAUCUAUCUGGACUUUCCCAUUACUACCUGAAUUUAACAAUUAUGGGUGUUCCCAGAAAAAUAUUAUUUUAUUAGCGUAGCAAGUCGUAGGUACCUACCUGCUUUUAAGGGUCUAAUAUUUAUUUUGUCAGUUUCCGGCCAACAUUUGUUUAAAGUAAACGUUGUAUCGUAUUUAGUGUUUUUGAAGUGAUUGGUAUAUAUUAAAUUUAAAUAUGUCUACCAUUCAAAAAAGUGCUUCGAUAAAGUGUUUUCCCGAGUUAAAGCUAAGUGGAGACAAAUUAUUUUGCAAGGCCUGUUCCAAAAUCGUAAGUUACAUUCAUUUUCACAUUUCAUUUUUUAAAUGAGGAACUGACAAACAAAAGCAUCAUGUCCCACAAAAGAAAUUUUUCUGGAAAGAGUGUUUUUAUUCGACAAAUUCGCUUUUACUUCUAUAAAGACGGACAUAGAGAGAAGCAUCAAAAUACAAAAAUCCAUCAAAUUGUAGACAAUUCCGCUGACUAGAUCUAGUCGUAGAUCUUACGACUUGGCAAAUUAGUUUACUGCCUAAAUUAAAAUAUUGUCCUAUAACAUCAGUAGAUGUAGAACGAACUUUUUCUGUGUCCAAACACGUUUUUAGUGAUAGAAGGGAAAAGUUGCUAGUUGAAAAUUUUGAAAAAUAUUUGAUUAUAAAUUCAUACUAUAAUUUAGAUUCUUAAUUUAAUUAUAAUAUCAGUUUUUGUGUGUCAUUUCAUUUGUUUUUAUGUGAAAAAUAAAUAUGUAUUAAACAUAAAUGUAGGUUGAAUUUUUUAAACAUAAAUGUUUAUAUUUAAUAUAUUGUUUUAUUUUUGAGAAUUUUUAAUAUGCAUUUGCAUAUUUAGACAAAUUUAGAAAAAAUGCCUGCAUAUUUGUAGUAAAAGUAAUGCAUAUAUGCGCAUAUUUUGGUAAUGUUAUGUUGCAUAUAUUCCGCUCUCUAAUGAUCACCCACUGUAUUUUCAUAAUGUAAGAAAUUAUAUUAUAUACGAAUUAAAGUAUAAUAUACACUAAGCACCAAAAUUAACGCACCACCUUAAAAAUGGGACAUUUUUGAUGUCUUGUAUUUCUUAAACCUGUUGUCCGAUUUUCGUAAUUUUUUUAAUAUGUUAUAGCUUUAUUCUUCAAGAAUAUCGAUGUAAUAAUAUUGUUGCUAACAGUGGCGGCUCGUAUAACUUUAGGAAGGUAGUGCCAGAAUCCGGGCAGCUGCCUAAAUUUUUUGUGGCGGUUUUACGAUAUGGUCAAAAAGGAUAUAAAAUAUAAAUAAAAAAAAAAUAGGCGCAGAUAUUUUUAUCUUAUAUCUAUAUAUUUACUAUUUUUGGGAUGCCAAAAAAUGUACCAAAAUUUAUCAAAACAGUUCCGUAAAUUAAGUAAUUAGCAAUAAAAUAAAUUCAACUUACCACCAGUAUUU